AAAUGUCGACAGCAAAUCUUUUUCUGAAAGCAUGUUUAAAAAUGGACCAUCGAACAAACUUAAAAUGGUGGCUGCAUUUUUUACUGCUUGCCCUCCUUUUUGGUGUUUCGUCUGGAGAGGUCCGCUACGUCCUACCCGAGGAGAUGCAGCGGGGAUCUGUAAUCGGCAAUGUUGCGCGGGAUCUGGGGAUGAAAGUGCCGGAGCUUAAUGCUCGUCGAGCCCGUGUUGUUGCAGAGGGAACGAGACAGCUGUGCGAACUGGACGCUGCGUCAGGGAAUCUUUUGAUCAGCCAACGGAUAGAUCGAGAGGAGCUCUGCGCGCAAGCCAGCGUCUGCACCCUACAGUACCAGCUCUUACUUGAAGAUCCCCUUCAAGCAUACAGCUUGGUUUUGGACAUUACAGAUAUAAAUGACAACAGCCCAGUGUUCGCUGCAGGGGAAAUAAAACUAGAUUUAGUCGAAUCCACAGUUCUGGGCAGGCGCUUUCCACUGGAGAGCGCGCAUGACCCCGAUCUGGGAACCAACUCUGUCCGUGAAUACAAACUGAGCCCGAAUCACCACUUUGCACUGGAAAUGAGCACUCAAAUAAACGGCAAUGCCUAUCUGGAGCUAGUUCUCAAAAAGCCAUUGGACCGGGAGGCACAAGCUGAACAUGUAUUGAAAAUCAAUGGGAUUGAUGGGGGGAAUCCAGUCAGAUCAGGAACUGCUUCUAUCUAUGUUCGUGUUUUGGACGCCAAUGACAAUGUCCCAGUUUUCAGCCAACGAGUUUAUAAAGCAUCUGUGCACGAGAACUCGCCCAUAGGGACUCUCAUAGCAACACUGAAUGCCACGGACUUCGAUGAAGGUGUCUAUGGAGAGGUGUCUUAUUCUUUCAGUCACCUAUCAGACAAGAUGGGAGGGGUUAUCGAAAUCAACCCUCUGAGUGGAGAAGUUCGUGUGGCAGGUCCCAUUGACUAUGAAGAGGCCAGUACGCACGAGCUGGAUGUUCAGGCAAAAGAUGGAGGAGGCCAAUCCUCUCACUGUAAACUCGUAAUUGAAGUCAUUGACGUAAACGACAACAAGCCCGUGAUAGAGGUUAAGUCAGCCUCUGCUAACGUGGCUGAAGACUCUAAACCAGGAACUAUGGUCGCUCUGAUGAAUGUUUAUGACCUGGACACUGGGAACAGUGGGCGUGUCACGUGUACGAUCGCAGACGAUGUCCCAUUUAAGUUUGUAUCAGAGGUCAAAAACUAUUACAUGUUAGUGACUGAUGGGAUGUUAGACAGGGAGUUUCAACCCGAGUUUAACAUCACAGUGACAGCCACUGACGCAGGCUCUCCCUCACUCUCUACUAUUAAGGUUUUAACAAUCGUGGUCAAUGAUAUAAAUGAUAACCCUCCGACUUUUACGCAGAGAGAGUACAAUGCCAACCUCUUGGAAAACCAACCCGUUGGCACGUUUGUGAUGAAAGUGAAAGCAGAGGACAUUGAUGACGGAUCUAAUGCUAAAACUCUGUACCAAAUAUCAAGGGACACAAACUCAGAGGUGUCCUCCUUUCUUACCAUCAACUCAGAAACAGGGGAGCUCUUCACGUCACGCCUCUUUGACUACGAACAGUCAGUUCACUUCCAAAUUAAGGUGACAGCUCGUGAUGGAGGCAGCCCUCCACUCUCCUCCACCUGCACCGUUAACGUUUUUAUUAAGGACCAAAACGACAAUACACCUGUUGUCCUGUACCCUGUCCAAACUCCAGGGUUCAUUGCUGAAGAUGUGGUGCCAGUUGAAGCACCCAGAGGUUACCUGGUUACUAAGGUUGUAGCUGUGGAUGCAGACUCCGGUCACAAUGCUUGGCUUUCUUAUAGAAUAAUCAAAGCAACGCAGCAUAACCUUUUUAUGGUCGGCCUCCAUACAGGAGAAAUCAGAACCGUGAGACCGUUUAUGGAGGACGAUGAAUCGAAACAGUCUGUUGUCGUUUUGGUUACAGAUAACGGGCCUGAUACUCUCUCAGCCACUGCUACAGUCAGUAUAGUCAUCGGUGACGGGCUGCCUGUUUUAAACGAACUCUUUGAGUUUGCAGAUGACUCACAGGACGGUGAUAAUUUAACGCUCUAUUUAAUCAUUGCCCUGGCAGCAGUUUCUUUUCUCUUAAUCCUUUUAAUCAGUGGCGUGUUUUAUUUUAAGCUCUGUCGGCGUGGUUAUGUUUACCGUUCAACCACCGCCAGUCUCCCCGUUUUCCCCACGGCCUACUGCCCCCCCAGUUUUACCGAUUUCAGCCGUUGUGGGACCCUGCUGAAAGACGAUCGCUACGACUCCUUCUUGACCACUGGGUCUUGGAGAGGCGAUUUCCGUUUCAGCUCAAACACAGACACAGACACAUUGAAACAAAGAAGUGCUGCCUAUCAGAAAAACACCUUGAGGCGCGCAAGCACAGACAGAGCUAGUCUGAAGAUCAGGGCAGGUGGACCGCAUCCAUGUUACGUGAUCACAUGAAGGUCCAACAAUAAAUCCUGUACAUAGGUUGUUAAAUGAUCCUGUGUGGUGAUUUUAAUUGGAGCCCUUUGACUGUCAAAUAUAAUUUAAUGGUUGUGAAGAAUUUUCUUGAGACAUGCAUAUUGUGGUUGUCUGUGCCUAAAAUGUGAACGAUUUUAUACACAAGUAUCCAUGCAUGACAAUUUUAUCAGUGGAUAAACAUCUUUUGUAAAUCUGUUUGCAUUUUGACCUCAAACUUCAGCUCCUCUGACCCUUUGAUCUGAUAUUGAUCAUAGAUGGUAAUCUUAACAUAAACUCCUUUGUUGUUUUUGUUUUGUUUUUUGUAUCCUGGCACAAAUUAAACCAUCAUUAUUAUUAUUAUCAGUUUUGUUUGUGGUUGGUUUCAUCAGUGAAGAAGUUUGCUACAAACCUAAUAACUUAAGUUUGGCCUUUUGUUUUUGCCUGGCUUUACCUAUUCUAUUCUUCUACUCUCUGACUAGUAAGUUGUUACUUCCUCGCCAUUGUCUCUUCUGUAUUUUUUAGAAUAACUUAGACACAACCUUCUGUUUUUUCUUAUUCAUAGUUUACAAAAACAUACUUAUAUACAACAUUUAUGAACAACAGCAGCUUAGUUAUUUUUGUUCUGUUUUGAAGUUAAAAGAUAAAUACUGCAUCGUUAUUUAGAAUGAGGUAUAAAUAAGCACAGUACUAAAAUGUCUAAUUUCCUGUAUUUUAAGUGCAUUGUAGACCUUUCUGAUAACUUAAUCACUGUGUAUUUUGGUAUUCUGAGAGCCAUACAGAAAAUCUGGACCUCACUGUUAAUCGCUGGCAUCAUCGAUGGUGUUUAACUUUGACAGAGUUUAUGUUUUAAAACAAUAUUUACAUAACUAUUAUUUUUUACUCAGAACACACUGCUGCCAAGUUUUAUAUGAUCAAAUUUUUGUCAGAGUAUAACACAUUGUUUGUUGUGUGACCGAGACCUAAUAAAAGCUUUGCACUACAAGAGUUGAAUUCAACAGUAUGUAAAUGAACUAUGCUUGUAUGUUGAUAACAAAAAAUAAACUUAAAGAGAA